UUUGUAUCCAGUAGAGUAGACAUCGCUGCUGCCUGAUAGUGCCAGAGUAUAGGGCCUGCCGACUGUCACUGUUUGCUACCCCUCCUGUGACGUUCCUUGUGCCUUAUAGUGAGGAUAUUGUUUGUGGGAGGAGGAUUAUGGCGGAUGGGGAUCAUGCCACGCCCCUACCUAAGGGCAAGACCGUUGUGAUCGGGAUGGAUGGAAGUGAUAACUCAAGAUUUGCCCUCCAAUGGUUCGUGGAGCAUGCCUGGACACCUGACGAUAAGAUCGUGAUGGUGUAUUGUGUGGAGUUAGGAGAAAUCUUCUCAGCAUCCCAGUUUUAUCAUGCACCAAACCCUGCGGAAGCCGAGGCUUUUCAGGCCAUUCUGUCCCACGAGCUGAAGAAGGUACAGUCGAGACUGGAAGAGUUCGCUACCUAUAUGAAGGAGCUUAAGGUAGAUGGAGUAGUCAAAAGUACGCAUGCGUCCAAACCCGGCGAGGGCAUCAUCAAUGUCGCUAAGGAAAUUGGUGCUGGGUUGAUUGUUACCGGAACAAGGGGACUUGGGAAAAUACGGAGGACUUUUCUGGGAAGUGUUAGUGACUAUCUAAUACACCAUUCACACAUACCAGUACUGGUGUGUCAAGUGAAAGACAAAAAAGACAAGGCCAAUUCGUGACGUAAUCGUUGAUGUCAUAUCCCCGCAUCUACAAUUGACGACGACAUGGAAGCUGUUGUUUGCAUAUUUAUAUGAUACAAGGAUAGCGGUAGUAAGGACACGUCCUGUUAGAAAUAUUUAACCAUGAUACCUUUGUAUGUAUUUAUCACGAACAUAUAUCUACACGUCGUGUGUGCGCAUGACUGAUGUCACAUCCGCUGUGGUGAUGAAGUUUCUAAAAAACUGAAAUUGAAUGUUUGGCAAUUCGAAAAAUGAUGCCGCACGAAAUACAUGCACAAGGAUGCUGAAACAAGAAGAAGGACGUUUAAUGCAAGUUGGAGACGAUAAGGACGGCUUCGUGAUCACGACUUAUUUAGUUCGACAUGCUUGCUUGGUGCGGUGUAUCGAAGGUGUUGGCGGUGUCCUGAUUUUACCUCCGCAUUAUUGUUCCGUGUAUGUGUUCCGCUCUGUUACAAUCUAAUUAAAAUUGUAUCUUCACAUCGCUCCCGUUUACUGAUAUGUCGCGUUGAAGAUCUAACAAC